AUGGGCAAGAAGAACAAGAAGCCCGCCUCGGGUGACUCCCCUGCGCUGGAGCCUCAGACCUCGACGCAGUCCCCGGCGCCAUCCUCGACCUCGACCUCAACCACCAAGAAGAGCAAAGCAGCUUCUCCAGCCUCACCAGCACCUCAGCCCUCCCCCUCUGCUCUGGUAAUCUGCAGAAACAAGCAUUGGCGCUACAUAUCCUCGUUCCAUGGGCCAUGGCUCCAACUUCCCGUCGAAGUGCUCGAGACACUUGCGAAUGCGAACUACUAUAUGCCUCUGCCGCGUCCCGUCGAACCUGCCGUCUUCUAUGACCUGCUCAAGAUUAGGCAACUCGUCGAUGGUGCUACGGACUUGGCUGUACGUGCUGCUAAUGGUGUGGCAUCCUCGGCCAUGUCCAAUUCGUUGAAUGGCGGUGCUGCGCAUCACAUGCAGGCUUUGGGGCUUGGGUUUGGCAAUAAUACAGGCGCAAAGCUCAGUCCGGAACGCAGGUUCCGCAUGAGAGAACAGGCUACCCAAAAGCUGUCGCGCGCUUAUCAUCUGGACGAGAUUGCCUCCAGUGUGGCUACAAUGCAGUCUACAUCGACUUUGGAGAACGUGGCCGGACUCGUUCUGCAGCGGGCGCCUACGGACCCCGAUGCCAAUUACGUGCAUUUCUUCCACGAGAAGAUUCCGUCGAGGCAACUCGCUGAGUGCACUGACUUCCGCGCAUUGGACCUGAUCAUCAGCCAGCGGCCCUCCGACUGCGAACCUCUGAGGACGCGCGCGAUUGUCCGGAUGUUCAAGGAGGACUUCGAAGGUGCUGCACAGGACCUGACGACCGCUCUUGGUGUCUAUCGUCUCCAGCGACCGUUACACAGGCCUACGACAGACAUGCAGCUGGAACGUCGAACUGGAAGGCGGCGGGACAACCCCCCGCUCGAAGAGAGGGAUCACCCCAGCAGCACCGAGGUCCAGCUUCUAUUCCAACGGGCUGGAUGUUAUCUGACUUUGGCUUGCGACAAUGUCGAAGCUGCUCUCCCAAAGCCAGCUGCUACACACAAUGGACAGGCGCGUAAGGGACCGGUCUCUUCUAGUAAUGGAAAUGCCAACGGCGCUGCCGAAAGUGAAGCUAUGCCUCAGAGCCCAAAGCCAGAGCCCGAAGAGAAGGGUCCCACCAAGAAGCAGCUCGAGAGCCGGAAGACUGUACGUCUGUAUGCAAAGCGCGCUUUGCGAGACUAUAUGGAGUAUAUGAAGCACUUUCACUAUUCGCCGGAUCUACCGAUUGAGGUGUCGGAUGACUUCAGCCGCCAGGUCAACCAAGCGACGCACCGUAACAAGAGGUACUACAAUCAUAACCGGUAUUCCUCCCAGGAUCCUGGCAGUCCGGUUGGCAGCUCGGCAGGGCAUACUGUUCAUGCACUGGCAGCGCUGUUCUCUGCUACUCCUCCGUCCGAUCUUCCGCCAUACCCGUCGACCGAUCUUGUAUCGGCAAGUUCUGUGAAUGUUGACUCAUUUGAGACGUCCAUCGAAGUCGUAACUUACCAUCCGUUACUAACAGACUCAUUGCAUUCUCUCCUGCUAUGCCAUACUCUGAUCCAAACAUCAGCAAAGGAGCUCCAGCGCCAUGCGCAUAUGGUGGCUCGUCUUGCUCGCCUGGCUGAUGGUUAUCCGGUCUUCCAAGCUAGUAGGUCUCCCGCUCGUGCGGAUUGGAUCGAGGUCCUGCGACGCGCUGAAAAUUGGAUUGAGCUUUCGUCUAGUUGGGAGACUCUUUGUGCUCCGGCUCCAUUGCCGAUGCCACUUUCGUCGAAUGGACUUUCAGCGGCAGCCGCUAGCAUGAAUGCAUUGGCUAUAACUGGCGGUACGAGUCCUACCGAAACAGAAGAGCAACGCAAAGAGCGCAUGCGACAUCAGGCCAUCAUUGAAGCUUUGGAGGAUGAACGCGUUAACGACGAGGCCAGCUUCAAGGCAGCUAUCUUGGCACGCCAGCGUAGAGCCGAGGCGGAUCAAGCCAAUUCUGCAAACGGGAGCGCGUCCAGUCCGAAUGCUGCACCAAAGCGGUGGGCUGUGGAUGAUGGAAGGGAAUAUCCUAUCCUCACUGAGCGCGCCGAAGCUGUCGCGAGAUGGAUCCGAGAGGCACCAUCGGGCUCCGGUAUGGGCAGCAGCAAGCGCAAGAAGAAGCCUGCAUCUGCGAAGAAAGCUGCUCUUAUCGACAAGCAGGACCGUACACAUGGUGUGCCCGAUCAAGUCGCUCAGUAG